AUGGCUUCUACUUAUCUGAGGCCGGUCCCGCCGACUGAUGGAUUUCAGAUCAGACGAAAGCCCGUUUCCAACCCAAAUCUCAGGGGAACCGCCAUUGCCCAAGCUCCUGGAGCGUUGUCGCACGCCACAACUUCUCCGUGUUUAGUACCGCCGCCAUUGUCACGGCCUCCUUCUUACAAUGAUUUAUAUGGGGCAUCUUUGCCAGUACCCCAGCCAGAUGCAUCACUUAGGCCAAGAACGGCGGGCACAUUAAGCUCAUCAGCACCGCCAUCGCCAUCGCCGUCACCAUCGUCAUCUCCAUCCCGGAGUCCGUCCCCGACGCCUGUGCAAAAGGCAUAUGGCGAAGCCCGUCACUUCUUAGGAGGCCUGAUCAACCAUCCCACAGAAUCAAACAAACAUGUCACCAUUCUGCGUCACUCUCAUGGUCUCGUCUUUUACCGGGGUAAUGCCACUUCGGUGGCCGCGUCGAUCUUCUCCGAUGCUCCCCUGCCACAGGACCGCACCGUGUGGCUACAGAAUAAAGGGUGGUCCGGCAAGACUGGCAUGCGUGCUAAAGCUUUGUUUCGAUUGAAUGAUAGCUGGCUCGACGUUACCCCGGGUAUACCCCUCCGUGCUGAUCAAGUGAACCCAGACGACGAACGCGCCUGGCAGCGGGAUAUCAAAAAAUUGUAUAAAAAGGGAUCGUCACGACUGCGAGAUACUCACCAAUUACGCGAGACAGUCGUGGUCCGAAUCCCCGCUGAAGCUGGUGAUGGCUAUUUCCAGCUGGUGCUGUGCCAAGGUCUGAAAAAGAAGGUCCUUGGCAAUAGUCCCGUGUUCCGAGUUAUCUCCACAUCGACAAACCCGCAUUCCAUUCGCGGCGCAAGCUUGAGCACUUUGCCCUUGGAAGUUGGAGCUAUGGUUGUCAGUCUAUACGCUCAGACUGCGGCACAAACUGUGAUGACGCCCGCUACUGCGGCGAUGAGUUCAAAAUUGAAUCCAUACCGUCCGUCUUGGUUGACGCAAGCGGCGGCCCAGAAGGCGUAUUCUGCGAGUGGUAUCCAAGAUCGAGUUGCGGGGAUCUACAAUGGGUCCUCUGCCCAACCUCGACGGGCAUCGGGAGAUGGGAAUUCAGCUGGGAUGGUCAACCACGAGGUAUCACCAGCCGAGCUUGGCCCUCAACCACCUUUUCCAAUGAUCUUCAAAGCUCGUGGGCAACUCGAUCAUUCGAUAUCCCCUAGCAGUCCUGGCCAUACCCCAAAGUUGACCCUCGCCAAGUUUCCAGUCUGGGUUCCGGAGCAUUUACGAGGCUACUUUUUCGGUUGGGCUCGAUUUGACACUAGCACCGAGAAGGAGAAGGUGAUGAGCUCCUGGUGUCCAGCGAUCCUAUCCAUCCGCACCCUCGACCCCCUUCAAGCGGCGCGGGUCAACAUGGCCCAAGUGGCACAGCACGUCGUUCAGCUACGUCUUUUGGAUGAGGCACCUCUCCAGACGGCCAAAGUGGAAGUACGGGUGAUGGGCUUCCUCCGGGUAGACAUCCCACCGCCUACAGGUGCCACCAGCCAAGAACUUGCAGAUGCCCAAGCAGCAGCCGCCGAGGCUGCCAUGCUCGCUGAUGCAUAUGAUGUAUCGGUCGUGCAGAGUACCCUCUCCCACCCCGCCUGGGCGCCAGAUGGACCAACCUUGGAGGCGUCGGGUCAGCAGAGUACUGGCUGGGUAGACAAGACUCUACAGAGCUACGAAUCUAUACGGGCCAAGGGGCAGAAGUGGGUGGAGCAGGUCCCGCUGCACCGACUUGGAGUUCGUUCAGUGGCGGACGAGUGGAGGGAACGACAGGUGGCCGUGAAUGGCUUUUACAUUGUACGUUGA